AUGUCCCAGUUCUUGUCUAGCAACAUUGUUCCACUUACCGUCAUCAAAGGCGCCGGUCACGAGUUCAUCCCCCUCCCUCAAGGCGAGAACGCAACCACUGCCGACUUCCAUUCUAUCCGCACCAAGACCGAAUCUCCUGCACACUUCACUUCGGGAUUCUAUAAGAUCGAGGCCGGGCCUGAGAGACCCGCGAGCUACAAUUUUGAGGAGACAAAAUAUGUCCUCAAUGGUCAAAUCGAUGUUUUGGACGAGGCUACCGGGAUCACCCAUCAUCUAGUCCAGGGAGACUUUGCCUUUUUCCAUGUUGGAUCUAAGGUUAAGUUCUCGACUAAGUCUCAAGGGCUUGCCUUCUAUGCUGUUACUCGACCUGUUCGAUCUCCCCACCCUAACCUUAAAGGUCGAGAGGAAGACAAAGCGAAGUUGUAA